GUUCAGAAUGUACUAGUUCAUUUACUUAUAAAUCUCAUUUAGUACAACAUAUGAGGGUUCACAAAGGAGAGAAGUUCCAGUGUUCAGAAUGUACUAGUUCAUUUACUCAGAAAUCUCAUUUAGUACGACAUAUGAGGGUUCACACAGGAGAGAAGUUCCAGUGUUCAGAAUGUACUAGUUCAUAUACUCAGAAAUCUCAUUUAGUACAACAUAUGAGGGUUCACACAGGAGAGAAGUUCCGUUGUUCAGAAUGUACUAGAUCAUUUACUGAUAAAUAUAGUUUAGUACAACAUAUGAGAGUUCACUCAGGAGAAAUGUUCCAGUGUUCAGAAUGUACUAGUUCAUUUACUUAUAAAUCUAGUUUAGUACAACAUAUGAGGGUUCACACAGGAGAGAAGUUCCAGUGUUCAGAAUGUACUAGUUCAUAUACUCAGAAAUCUCAUUUAGUACGACAUAUGAGGGUUCACACAGGAGAGAAGUUCCAGUGUUCAGAAUGUACUAAUUCAUAUACUCAGAAAUCUAGUUUAGUACAACAUAUGAGGGUUCACACAGGAGAGAAGUUCCAGUGUUCAGAAUGUACUAAUUCAUAUACUCAGAAAUCUAGUUUAGUACAACAUAUGAGGGUUCACACAGAAGAGAAGUUCCAAUGUUCAGAAUGUACUAGUUCAUUUACCCAUGAAUCUAGUUUAGUUCAACAUAUGAGGGUUCACACAGGAGAGACACCAUAUCAAUUUACAAAAUGCAAUAAAUCCUUCACACAGAAGUGCCUAAGAGUUCAUAGAAGAGAAAAAUUUCAGUGUUGUGAUUGUCAAAAAUGUUUUCCCAGUAGAGUGAGUCUCACAAGGCAUAGUAGAACUCAUCUGACUUCUUACAGUAAAGUUCAUGCAAAAGAUAAUAAAUGCCACAAAAAAUAUGAUAAUAAACAAAGGCUGAAAAAAUGUGGUGAGAAGAAGUCAGGGAGUGGGAGGAGACUCACCCAGAGGAACCACCACUUUGGUGCUCUUGGGAGCCACACAACAGAAAAACGAGCGGGUAAUGACCUGAACAGUCUAGAGCCGAGCCACUAUAAUUGUCGGGAACUGCCCACUUCCUCUCAUAGUGAAGAAGAGUAUAGCCUCUCUUACCAGUGUAAGACAAAGGCUGUGUGUAAACUAGCAGAUAAUGACCUUGUAGUGAGUAGAUCAACACAUUUCAUAGACUGUUCAGGUCAUGGAGUUAAAGAUGAACCUGUUGAUGGUCAACCGUCAAUCUUAAGUAUACCAGAAGAUCCACUUCAAUCGGAGAUGGUUCUUCCAUCUUUUAUAAAAUUAGAGAGCCUUAAGGAGAAAUUUGAGUUUUUUGAAGAAGAAUUCUGAAACCCUAUUAACAUUUUGUGUGUAAUGCAAGCUUGUGUAUGUUUAUAUUAAUAAAUAUAUACUGAGAA